UAUCAAAUUACCAAAAAUAAUUCAUCAUAGAAACAUCGCCAGAGAGAUUUGUAGCAGAACACGAAGAACCACGCGAUUCCCUACGUGUUUCGUGUGACAAUGUCACCACCAUUUGUGUUGUUGCUGCUUCUUGUUGGAUUCUGUGCGGCCAAAGAUACAACAGUUUUCUAUGGCGGAUCUAUGAGUUUUGCGACAUACCGGGAUCAUGCGGAUAACGACACUCUAAAGGUACAUAUAAAACUUCUGACCGGGUGGAAGACAGGGAAAGGACCGUGUGGUGUUCACUGUCCACGAAGCCGGACAAGGUCAAGCACACUGCAAUCAAGGAAAAGUAUGUUGCUUGCGAACGGUGAGGAGUACUUUGGUACUUGGGAAAUGGAAUGGAAAGACAAACAUGACGUUGCUCAUACCAAUGAUACAUCUCCGAUUGUCGCCGCCAACUUAACGGAAAAAGUGGAGAGCGUCAAUCCAAUGGCAGAAUGGGAACUCGACACUGCGGAUAUUUUUAUUCCAAUUCCUGAGGAAAUUCAAUACGUAGACAUCAUAUAUGAAGGACACUCUUGGUUGGAGUUGACCUUAAACAAACCACCAACACAACCACCAAAAUGGCAUAUGCAGGUGAAAGUCAAUUCACACAGUCGAAGCGACACUAAGCACCCAAACAGGAGCCCAGUCGUUCAGAUGAAACCUUUCUUCAAACUUGGAAUGAACAGAACAUACAAUAUACAUCUUACUGCUAUUGACGAGGAUGAUGACGCAAUUUUCUGUCGGUUUUCCCAAUACGUCGAAGCAGGAUCAGCCAUUUCUCUCCAUACACUCCCAAACACGGUGGUUGACAAGGAAAGCUGUUCAAUAAGUGUGGAUACAAGCGACAGUGGGAUAUAUAUGGAGAAUUCUACCGGUGUUAUAGCAGUUACUGUUAUUGACUACCCGCCCCACUUAGUAGCACUACACGGAGAAGAUGAUUUAAAAAUGCCAUAUACACACGUGUUAAGCGCAGUCACUGUACAGUUUUUUGUAUUCAUCGUGGAGCAUGCUGACGAACCAAUCUUUGUCGAUCCAACUCCAUCCAACAGACAGACAUUUGUUAUCUAUGUGGGGGUCGAAUUCACUGUUGAUUAUUACGCAAGACCAACGUCACCUGAUCCUGCUAGGAAAAUUGAAAUGUUUGACGUGACUAGGACCGGAGGAAGAGAAACGAAUCAGACGGCUAUCACGUAUUUAGGCAGUGAUCGAAAAGCUAAAAUAACGGUGACGUGGGUUCCGACCGAAGCCGACACAGGGAAGGAUAUACUUUGUGCCAGAGUUGAAGAUAAUUUCGGAUUUGAAUCUGUGGAUCUGCACUGUUUCACAAUUGUUAUAAAAUCAUACACAGCAUAUCCCCAGAAUCAACUUAAGGGACUACCAUACUUUGUACAUUUUCCUCAGCCUGGAGAUAUUGUUUUCCCUGAACACUCAUACUGUAAAUUUCCAAUCUAUGCUGCUUCCUCGGUGAAUGGGGGGAUAACUAACAUAUCAAUUCUAUCUACGGACGCCCCAUCUGCAAUAUUAAUUGGUGCUUUAAGACCAGUAAACGACUCUCUAGGUCCAGGAGCGAAGAUGGUCCAAGUUCAGCUGAAAGAAUCGCUGGGUGGAGUUCGAAAGAUUUGUUUUGAGGCUGCAGAUGCAACUUCAAGUACUGUUCAGUGUCUCUUUGCUAACGUUUUGAAAAAAGAUCCCUGUGCCGUUACACCAUGUUUAUCGGAUGGACACUGUAUUCCCUCGGAGGACCAUGAAAGCUUUUACUGUCAUUGUAGAAAAGGAUUUUCUGGGAAAACAUGCAAACAAGCACCACCCCCAGUAUGCAGUGGAACUGAUCCUUGUUUGAACGGUGGCAGAUCAAAACCUUACCUAAACCACCUCCAUAAAACAACAAAUACCAUUUUCAUAGGAUGUUCGUCCGGCAUGUGUCAGAAUGGGGGAAUAUGUCGAAUGAUUUUAGGACAACAGAAAUGCCUUUGUCCUGUUGGUUUUACUGGCACGUCUUGCGAAAAUACAACGGUGGAUGAACAGCUCAAAUUUGUACCUCCAACCCCAGGAAAAGGCAGCCGAAUUUCAUGCAACAUAAGAACUAGUAAAGCAAUGUCACCCAUCUGUGAAUUUUCAGUGUAUCUGCAAGCCAGUGCGCCCCCAUCUUUAGGAAGUGUCGUAAGCAACACAGAAUUAGAAGUAACCAUUCUAAGUGCAGAAAAUGCUUCUCUUCCUGGUCUACGACAUGUUUAUAUGAUUCCAGUCAAAUUGUCGCAGAUAAAUGAUAUCAAAUCCGGUGCAAAAUAUGACUUUUGUUUAAAGGCAAGAUUAUUAUCAAAGGAGGUAUAUCGUUGUUUCUCGGUGGAUUAUGAAGCGUUGCCAUCUCCAAAGACAAUCGUUAGAAAUGCAUGGGAAUUUAUACCACCUACUCCAGAGAAAAAUACCAAAUUUUCAUGUAUACCAGGGAGCUAUUGUCAUAUCGUUGUGUAUACCAGGAUCAACGAUACCGAUGCGACGAAAUGUGAACAAGUUCUUGUGACGACUGCGCAUGGAGGCAAGGCGUUUCCAACUGAAUCAUUGAAAAACAAAUGCUUAACAGAUGUCGUCUUUACGGAUAUCAAUUCAGAAGGGAACCAUCAAGUCUGUCUUAAAUCAUGGAAAUAUGGCGAAUCAAGGUGUUAUUUAAUUGAGGUCAUAAAAAACACAACAGAUGUCUGUGAUGCAAAUCCGUGUCUGAAUGGAGGAUUGUGUAAUCAAAAGAAUAGCACCUCUUAUUCUUGCAUCUGUAAACAGGGUUACUCUGGCAUUAACUGUGGAAUAGGUCCAUGUCCGUCUGCUGAUUCGCAAUGUCAGAAUGGGGCAUACUGCUACAGAACAGGGACUAGGGAUAUCUGCUUCUGUAGGAUCGGAUACAGCGGGACAAAUUGUACCCAUGAAUCCUCGGAAAAUAUCACAGAUCUACACAACAAUGGAGGAGAAUUCACAGACGCUGUCUACCCAACAAACAUCACAUGUUAUGUUUCUAAGCCUUGUCGUAUUCCGCAUAUAAUAACGGGUAGCCCAGCCAAAGAACCACAGUUAAGACCAGGGUAUGUUUCCUCUGAUGUUACAAUUGAAGAAGUCAAGAUUGAGAAGCACCCGAACAGUACACAGACUUAUCAUUCCAUAACAGUCAUUAAGGCUGAGACCACCGGGCAGAAGAAAGUGUGCGUGCAGAUUUAUAAUGAACAAAGGUUAACGUCAGACGAGGUUUGUUUUAAUGUUACGGUGACGGAAGGAUUUGAACAUAAAAACCAGAUACUUGCCCACUUUUUACCACCAACACCUCCAAAUAACACGGGAUUGGAAUGUCAGGUUGGCCGGCCCUGCCAUCUGAUGUUAUGGACGUCAAACAGAUUCGGAAUUAAUUCUUGUCCGUUGGUAAAGAGUAACAAAAAACCCGGCGAUUCCGUAUACAUUUUUCAACAAACAGGCAAGUCCAGUCCAUGUGUAAAUGAAGUCAGCAUGCAAAUUCAGAACGUUGGAAAAACACCAAUAUGUUUCACAGCCAUAACUUUGGACAUAAAUAAUCCUCAGGGUGAUGAGGGAGAUACCAGGUGCUUUCACCUGGAGAUAGUGACAUCAUUAACAGUUAAGAGUUCGUGUAGCAACGUGAAAUGUGCGAAUGGUGGUUUCUGCGACAGUAUCACUUUAACUGGAGAAUGUAGAUGUGUCCUAGGAUUUUCUGGACGACAUUGUGAAAUUCCAAAAGGAGUGUCGUUGAUCCCCACACCACAGAGCGCUACACAGAGCACUGCCAUGAUGACAGACAUGGCUAUCCCAGACAAAAUCAUUUGUCAUUUGAACGAAAAAUGUGAUAUACCAUUUUCCAUAACAGCAAACAGUAAUACAAGGCCAAGUGUUAAUUUUGGUCACUACGAUGAAAGUUUAACAGUCACUACACCUACCCUACACAAAGAUCAGCAUACUUCCUUGAAUACCUACAUCGGUCACGUGACAGUAGCGCCGAAUCAAAUUGGAUCUCACAUCGUCUGUAUUCAGAUGUCCAUGGAUAAAGUACGAACAUCAGACGAGCAGUGUGUUGACGUUAUUGUUCCAAGUAAUGAAGCACAAAUGAAAGUCAAUAAGAAUCUGCCCCACUAUGACACGCCCACUUUACCGAACAAUACCCAGGUUGCCUGUACUCCGACUAAAACUUGCCACAUCAUACUUAGUAUAUCUCCUGGUCUUCACAAAGGAUGUCCAAACAUAAAAAGAACAUCGGGAAAUCCGGAUUUUGCACACGUCUUCCACUCGAACACGAACGACAAAGUGAUAGGUAACUGUACUGCAGAUGUCGCCAUUACACCAUCAGCAAAUCACAACAACAGCGAUAUGUACUGCUUCGAGCUUUCAUUUCCAAGCGUGCCAGGGGAGAAAAGAUGCUUAAACAUUACAUACCAAGUUCCAGAGCAGUCACCUUGUGUAGGACAAAAAUGUGAAAACGGAGGAUUUUGUUACUCUCGGGGUAAUAUAACAGCCUGUAGAUGUCCAAUUACAUCAUCAGGGGCAACCUGUGGAUUGCCGGGCAGUCAAAGACUCAAUAUAUCAAGCAUCGUAUUUGGUACUUUUGCUGUCCCAACCUUUUUCACAUGUGAACGCUUGGUCACCUGCGAUCUUCCGGUUACUAUUAACGGAAACUUAAAAUCAAGAGAUGUUGACUUUGGUUUUGUGUCAAAGGAACUAUCAAUGGAAAUCAGAAGAAUAUCACAACCCGCACAUUUAACGACAGAUGUUAGAAUGUUAGAUGUCAAAGUCACGGGUAAAGAAAAUGGAACAUUCUAUGCAUGUAUCCAGUUUAAAAGUUUGAGCAAAGUCUUGGAGCACUGCGUUACAAUUCAGAUAAUCGAUAAAGAUUCCAAUGGCACAAUCGGAACCAUAGAUAAGAAAAAGCCUCAUUUUGAAAAUAAUAUACCUUCGAACACCGAGUUACAUUGUGAACCGGAAGUAGAAUGUCAUAUCCUUCUCCAACAUGAAGCAAAAUCUGGAAUUUGUGACAAUGUGGAUGGCGGAGACGUACCAGGUAUAGCACAUAUAAUGAAUUCUGUGACUCCAGAUACGAAUGGUAUAUGCCAAACUGACGUUCUAGUGAUGUCUAACACCAGCAGAACAGGGACUGUGUGUCUGACUAUUUCUGAUGACAGCACUACUGGAGAAACUCGAUGUUUUAAAUUGGCUGUUAACAACAAAACAUACGAAUCAACAUGUGUUAAUGUCACUUGUCUGAAUUCUGGAUACUGUGUAGGAGAUUUGCAUGGAAUUUCGUCUUGUAUUUGCCCUGGUGGUCAUACUGGAGUUUCUUGUUCCUUGGAUGGAGGCAUUUUACCAACAAAUCACACCCAAUACUCAACACCCGGUCCUGGAAUAACUCCAAAAUUUAUCGACACGGCAGUACCGGAUAUUCUUCCCUGUAAAGUUGAUACAGAAUGCGGGAUCAGUCUUCUAGUAAAAGGAGAACCACAGUUAAAACCAGACCUCAAGACAAGCUCACCUAUUGUAAAGACGCCGAUAGAAACUGAUAGCAUUCCUUCUUCGAAUGGAACCUAUAUAGCUGGUGUUAGAUUUCACAGCAACAAAACAGGCAUUCAAACUGUCUGUGUGAAUACAGUUUUCAACAGAAAUAAAGGUGACGAACUGUGCUUCAAAGUAAACAUAACUGAUUCAUCCUACACUCCACCAUCUAUAGAGAAUGGACACACUCCUCAUAUUAAUAUGAAGGAACCAACAAUUCCAGAUGGUGCAUCUGUUAAAUGUGAGGAAGACACUUCUUGCCAUUUAAUUAUCCGUUUGGAAAAGUACAGCGAUGGCAGAUGUUUGAACGCAAAAGUAACACCAACUGUUCCAAAUACACGGAUAGUCAAAACAUAUCAGACAAGCAAUACCUGUGUGGCAGACAUUGUUUCUAUAACUCACAAAGGAGACGUUAAUAAAACGGUCUGUGUUCAAAUUGAUGGUACAACUUCAAGUUAUGAUAGAGAGAAGAGGUGCGUGACUAUAAACACAGUGGAACAUAUACGAGGGUCACCAUGUAAUGAGAAAUAUUGUAAUGGAGAAGGUUAUUGUCAAACCAACAGUUUCUCCGAAUACACCUGUUUAUGUAAACUAGGAUUCGAAGGAACGGACUGUGAAAUUGCAGUUGAACCUACGCCUAUUCCCAGAGAAAAGAAUGAUUCAACAAUUCAAACACCUCUUUUCGUUGAUUCUGUACUGCCAAAGGAAAUAAAAUGCCACCUAAUGCAAGACUGUCCAAUCAUCAUUCCUAUAAAUGGAUUCCAAUUAAACCAAAGUUCUGUAGCGUUUGGUCAUUUUGAUAAUGGACUGAUCCCAGGACAGAUAUCCGUAGAGAACAUCACAGAUCCAGCCAAUCAGAUUCUAGCACAGUUUCAUCUAAAAGCAACAGAAGAAGGAAUGAAAUAUGUCUGUCUACAGAGUAGAAAUCUUAACAAAAACACUGAUGAAAUGUGCGUAAAGAUUGUGGUGACGAACGAAACAGCUUCAACAUCGACUGUCAGUCCGCCUUCGAUGACACCUCAAAUUGUUGAGCCUACCCUUCCUACUGGGUCGGUUGUGCAGUGUGAAUUUGGAGGAAAUGGUUGUCAUAUUCAUCUUAUAACACAGCCGGCAUUCACAUCCAAUCAAUGUCCUGAAAUAGAAAAGAUGGUUUCUUCGACAAUCACGAAGGUGCAUUCGUUUACAUCAGAACAUCCGUUGAGCUCCAUUAACACUUGUCAUGUGGACGUAUCUUUUAAACCAGAUGUUCCAGGAAACCACACUUUGUGUGUGAAAGCGAAGUACAACAGCUAUGAAGGGGAUCAGCGAUGCUACAUUGUUAAAGUAGUAACCAGCAAAAACAAAACAUAUGGCGGACCAUGCCAGAACCAUCAGUGUUACAAUAAAGGUCGCUGUGAAGCAGAUCCGGUGGCCGCCAUGGCUAUUUGCAUCUGUCCGAUUGGACUCUCCGGUACAAAUUGUCAGACUACCAACAUAUCUCCAAAGCUCAACUCCGUGGCAACAACAAUUUCAACCAUAGCCACCCAUAUAUUUACGGAUACAGCGAUCCCAGAUGUCAUUCAAUGCCCCAUUAAUACCAGCUGUGGUAUACCACUCAUAAUUACAGGACCACCAGGCAGUAUUCCAAAUGUAAAUACAGACAGUCCACUUGUCAAUCAGCCAAUACCUACACAUACCUUCACUGGAUCUUCAAACACUACAUAUCAAACAGAUGUAAAUGUGUUCAGUACCAAGGCGGGACUUCAUAAUGUCUGCACUCAUAUUGGGACAAAUGGGGAUGAAAUUUGUUUUAAAGUCAACAUUACUCUGACAAAAAAUACGUCAGCCAAUAUCUUAAAGAAUAUCCAAGAACCUACCAUUCCUGACUUAUCGUCUGUGAAGUGUCUAGAAAAUACAGUAUGCCACCUUCUGAUUCAUUCGUCGAUGCUUAGCAACGGAAGUUGCAUUAUUCCAAAGCAGUCUCCCCAAACAACUGGAACAGUUAUUUUAAAGACAGAUGUAACGACAUUUAAUCAGUCACUGUGUGUUACCGAUGUAGCAACGCUUGUGAAGCCCGGAAAACAGACGAUCAUUUGUUUAGAAACUUCCAGGUGUGAUAGUCGAUGCAUUGAAGUGAAUGCGGUAAAAAGUCUAAAAAAUUCAUCACCUUGCAAUUCAAAUCCAUGUCAAGAGAAUGGAUUUUGUCGGACUACCGAUUACGUCACCCACAUCUGUGUCUGCAAGACUGGGUUUGAAGGAAAGAAUUGUGAAACGAAAGUGAAACCUAUGCCAAUACCAAGGCAUAAUAAUUCUACAGUUCCGUCUCCUGUAUUUGUGGAUACGAUGUUGCCCAAGGAACUCACAUGUUAUGUAGCACAGGAUUGUCCAAUCAUCCUUCCAGUUUAUGGACAACCAUUGAAUAAGAGUUCUGUAUUAUUUGGACACCUCGAUCAAGGUGUUAUACCUGGAAUUAUCAAAUUAGAAAAUGUGACAAAUCCUCUGAAUCAAACCAUUGCCCAUUUCCACGUGACACCGUCAGAACCUGGGAUCAAACACCUUUGUGUUCAAGCCAGUAACUUGGAAAUCAAUACAGAUGAAGUUUGCAUUAAAGUUACCAUCUUAAGUCAGAUUACCACAACUUCCCCUCCAAUGAUGACACCAAAAAUAACGUCACCCUCAUUCCUCAACGGCACUGUUCUUCAAUGUGAAUACGGGGAUAAGAGUUGUCAUAUCCCCAUCUACACAAUGCCAACUCCAGGGUCAAACAAAUGCCCCAAAGUUGAAAAUAUGGCUUCCUCUUCUAUAGCCAAUGUAUACGCGUUUUCCUCUGAGAAUUGUUUGGGAUGUAUGUGUCACAUGGAUCUGUCAGUCAAACCAGACGUACCUGGAAAUCAUACCCUUUGUGUCAGAGCCAUAGAUCAAAGUAAAUAUGGGGAUGUUAUAUGUUAUACGAUCCAAGUCGUCACUGGAAAAAACAAGACAUUUGGUGGUCCUUGUCAACAGAAACACUGUUAUAACAAAGGGAGAUGUGAAGCUGAUCCUGUUUUUUUAUCAUCUAAAUGCAUCUGUCCAGUUGAAUAUUCAAGCACAAAUUGCUUGUCCAAUGUGAGCAUUAUACCUACAUCCCCAGGAUCAUCCGUGUCUAACAUUACAAAACCUGUUUUCACGGACACGGCCAUUCCGGACGUCAUACAAUGUCAUGUAGGUACCACAUGUAGCGUCCCUUUGAUUAUAAAAGGAGGAGUGGGUGCUAUACCGCAAGUGGAAACGGAUAGCGUUUUAGUUAAUCGUCCCAUACAAUCAGUUUUAUAUCCUGAAAAGAGGAAUAAUACAUUCCAAACAAACAUAAAAGUAUCCGGCUCCAAGGAAGGUCUGCAUACAGUUUGCACACAUAUCGUCGACAACAGAGAUAAGGGGGAUGAAAUUUGCUUCAAACUCAACAUAACCGCACCAGUUACCACGUCAUUAUCAGGAAAUAACAUGGAUAUUCAGGAGCCCACUUUACCAGACAUGUCAUCUGUCAAAUGUUUAGAGGGUGUGGUCUGUCAUGUACUUGUGCAUACUUCCAAGGCAAAUAAUGGCAGCUGCUUAAUCCCCAAACAAUCUCCAUAUUCAACUGGUACAGUGGUUUUGAAAUCAGACGUGACAACAUUUGACCCCAGUCUAUGUGUAACAGAUAUUGCAACCAUCGUUAAACAUGGUGAAACAAAGAAAAUAUGUGUUGAUAUACAUGGAUCCACAUCGACAAGAUGCAUCAUUGUGAAUUCGGUGAAAAAUUUAACAAAAUCACAUUGCAACGGCGGUAAGCCCUGUAAUGGGAAUGGAUACUGCAGAUCUGUCAAUGCCACCAGUUAUCUUUGUGUGUGCAAACUUGGUUUUAAAGGAUUACAUUGUGAUACUUCAGCGCAACCUGUGCCAAUACCACGUCGGACUAAUAACUCGUCGAUGCCCACGCCGCUAUUUGUGAACACAAUGCUACCGAAAGAGUUGACAUGUCAACUAAACAAGGAUUGUCCAAUCAUGUUACCGAUACAAGGCAGUCCUGUGAAUGAGAGUUCGUUAUUAUUUGGACAUAUGGAUAAGGGGAUUGAACCAGGACAAAUAAAGCUUGUGAAUAUUUCAACACCAUUCAACCAGUGUAUGGCACAAUUCCAUGUGAAACCAUCAGAAAUUGGAAGAAAAUUCGUCUGCGUUCAAGCCCAAAGCUCUGAAAUGAAUACAGAUGAAAUAUGCAUAAACAUUAUCAUCACACCAGACAACGCCUUGACAACAAUUUCUUCAAUCGUAGCGCCAGAAAUAAUUUCGCCCUCCUUGCCGAAUGGAACGGUGUUACAGUGUGAAAAUGGACCAGAUGGUUGUCACAUACAGCUUGUUACUAAACCAACACCAGGGUCCAUUUCCUGUCCCACCGUGGAAAACACACAAAUGUCCUCUUUAUCAAACGUUCACGGUUUUACAUCUGAAGCGGUUGCAAGCUUGGCUUCAGCUUGUUACGUAGAUUUGUCUGUGAAACCUGACUAUCCUGGAAAUCAUACUCUGUGUAUCAAAGCACGAGAAAAAGACAAAACAGGGAAUGAAAGAUGCUACACUAUCCAAGUGGUGACUAAUGCCAAUGAAACUUUCGGUGGGCCCUGUCAAGACAUUCACUGUUAUAACGGUGGACGAUGUGAGGCGGAUUCUACUUCACAAUCAACGUGUGUCUGUCCUGUCGAAUAUUUUGGAAGUGACUGCCGGGAAAGUCGAAUUCCUCCCCUUACACACGGCAACAUGGUAAAGUCAAAUAUCACUACUCCAACAUUUACCGGCACAGCCAUACCUGACGUCAUACAGUGCACCAUCAGUACCCCGUGCGGCAUCCCACUAAUCGUCACUGGUCCACCCGGGUAUAUCCCCACUGUGGAUACGGACAGUCCUUAUGUGAUUCAUCCUGUGAAGACAGACACGUUUCCAGGAAAGACAAACACAACAUUUCAAACAAAUAUCAAAAUAUUCGCAUCAAAAGAAGGUCAACAUAAGAUUUGCGCAAGUGUAUUUGGCAAGAAAAGCAAAGGAGACGAAAUCUGUUUUCAAGCCAAUUUUACCUCAGUCACCUCUACGGCGUCUCCUACAAUUAACAUACAAGAACCAACCAUUCCUGAUACAUCUUCUGUCAAAUGUUUGGAGGGCACAGUUUGCCAUCUGCUUGUUCAUACUUCCAAAGAUAACAGCGGUAAUUGUAUUCAGCCAAGGGUGUUACCGCAUACACCAGGAACUUUCGUCAUUAGUACCGAACAGACUACCCUUAAACCACAACUAUGUGUCACAGACAUUGCAACAAAGGUCAAUCAUGGAGAAACGAAGAAGAUAUGUGUAGGAACUGCUAGAAGUUCCGCUGAGAAGAGAUGCGUCACUAUAAAUCCGACGAGUAACUCCACAACUUCCAACUGCCAACAAGUGUCUUGUAAUGGAGGGCACUGUUUGUCGACCAAUCAGUUUUACUUGUGUGUCUGUCCUGUUGGGUAUAGUGGAAAGAAUUGCCAAAAUAAAGCUCUGCAUGUACCAAUACCAAGAAUCGAUGCAUCAAAUAUCACAACAAACUCAACUGUUUUUGUAAACACCGGUGUUCCUAGUGAAGUCAACUGCAAUUUGAAUCAGCCGUGUGAAUUCCCUCUUCCAAUUUCUGGGCAAAAUCUAUCUAACAAAUCUUUAACUAUUGGAUACAAAGAUCCUACUUUGGAAAAUUGUCAAGCAACCUUGAAAGGUGCGAAUGUGAAGAUUGCAAGUUUUUGUAUCAAACCAACUCAAGUCGGCAAUCAAACAAUCUGUGUGCAGACUCGAAAUAUCCUUGGGGUCAACGUUGAUGAAGUUUGUUUGAAGAUUCACACUAAUUCUGGAUUAUUCACCACGGCAACUUCGCACAAUGAUUACAUCACCAGACCAUCGUACACGGAUGGAUCAGUCGUGAAAUGUGUGGUGGACAGUACGUGUUAUAUACCAAUGAUUACCGACCCAGCCUCAAAUCCACCGUGCCCUAGUGUAAAACCAACUGAGAGAAAUGGUUUAGAAAACGUCCAUGCUUUUACACCGUCCACUGCAACUAAUGGCAAAUGUUUUGGGAACAUAGCAAUUAUUCCUCGUAAAGAAGAGAUGGGAAGACGUGCACUGUGUUUCCAAACAGUAACACAAACUGGUGCUGGACCAGAACACUGUUUAGUUAUUGAUGUUGUUAAUUCUGCCAGUGAGACUACAGGAGGGCCAUGUCAAACAACGCAUUGUGAGCAUUUCAGUCCUUGUAUUUCCGAUGUUGUCGGCAACACGGCCAUAUGCAAUUGUUCUGGUGAAUAUACUGGAAACCUGUGCGAACAAAUAGAUGCAGCAACCCAAGAGAUAAUAACCACAUCACUUUCAGUUUAUUCUUCAAAUCAACACCCGGUCAACACAUCACCUGUAUCACUUCAUUUACCUCAAACAUGUGAUAUCAGUCUGAGUGACGCAAAUAAAGCAGCAAAAUAUGGAAGAGUGAGGUGUACAUGUCACAACAAGGGGAAAACAACACACGUCAUUACGACGAAUCCGAGGGCUACUUUGGAUCAGCUUCUGAAAGCAGCUGGUAUUGGCGCUGGAAGUGUAGGCGGAUCGAUCGUCAUAGCAACACUCAUUUAUGUAAUCGUUCAGAAAAUAAGGAAGCAGUUGAAACCCAAGGCGGCAAAACGACCAACCAAGUAUAUCUGAUGACUUUCGACAAAAAAUGACUACAAAUUAUUGACAUAACUUUAAAAAUUAAAUUAUGGAUGCAUGUUA